CAGAAAGCGUGAUUCGCAACGAGAGAAUCGAUGUGCAUAUGAAAUUAAAAUGUGCAAACUGAUUCACUGAAUUCAGUUAGGCGUCAUGACAGCAACUCACAGAUUUACUGUUCCGAGGGGCUACAAUCAGGAUCGCAUCGAACCGGCAAACGACGGAGUUUACUUUGCCGUGCCGACAAAGAAGACAGAUAUUGGGAUAUGGUGUUUUCAAAGUUUACAAUCGGAACCGGUGAUUUUGACGGGACACCGACAACCGAUCACCUCCUUGUGUUUUGGAUUUAACACAAAUCCUAAACUUCUCUGCUCAGCGGCUGGUGAUUAUGUAAUUGUUUGGAAUAUCCACACUGCACGUGAGAAAUAUACGAGGGGCGAACGCGUCACUGGUCAGAUCGUGGGAACAACUUUAGGCCAAGUGCAGUUCUGUUGUUUUAACGUCGAUGAUUCUCUUGUUGCUGCGUGUGCUGGUGACAAGGUUAUUAUUCUUACGUCCAACUUUCAGUCGGUAAUUGCCGAGCUUGAAGGGCACAAUGGUCCCGUCACGCGAGCGGAAUUUUGCCCUCAUUAUACAUCCACACUUGUUACGAUAUCAGACGACCGGACGUUCAAGGUGUGGGACACCAGGAUGUUGUCUCUUGUGUACGAAUCUGCCAUCAUCACAUCAUCAUCUCUUAUCAGCCUCGCGAUGAACUGGUCGUCUCCCCACGUUACGAUUGGCUCAACGGAUGGCAUACUCAGAACGUAUGAUCUCACUGAUGGCAAUAACUUUCGUAGCUUACAUCAAGUUGAUGUGUCUAAAGCUGUUUCAAAGCAGCGGGAAAGAAUUGCAAAUUUAAAAAGUAAAACAAAUGAAAAAGGGACUAUGACAGUCACAAAGCGAGGGACUUGGAAAAAGUCGAAUUCAAAAGAUGUUGAUAUUGAGACAACAUCAGAGCAGGGUCAGGCUGUGCUGUGUGUAUGUUUCUCUUAUCACUCCACCCACGUGGAAACAACAGACAUGGCGCCACAGUUUGGGAAAUCCACUGUCAAUGACCUCCUGGCGUCACGGCCUCCUGUGCUGGUUGUUGUCACCACAGGUGCCAUGCUUCAGCUCAAUGCUAAGAACCUGGAGAUUUUAGACUUCACAGAUCUACACGAUUCUCUGCCAAGCGUUGGUCUGGAUGGAGGGUCAAGGUGUGUCAAUACUGCCGAAGUUGCAACCAUCGCACAGAAUCCUGGCGCCGCAGGUCUGUGGGCACUCCUGGGCACAAUGUUUGAUAAUGAACUAAACGUGGUUCAUUUAGAAUUGUCUGAUUCAGGUUUGUGUAACAGAAAUACAGAUUUUGAUUCGUCCUUAACCCACGUCAUAUCAGGUUUGGUUGAUCUUGAAGCGGGCGGAGAUGAGGAUGGUGAUUCAGGUUUGUGUGUUGUAGCUGUAAAGACUUUGUGUGAGAAAUCUCCAUUAAAGUCCGAGUUGAUUCCACAGUCGAAACCUGAGACCUCCAAAACAAAAACAGUGAAAACACCAAGCUAUGACAAAAGGACAAAAUCUGACCCGAUGAACCAAGCUUUGACCUUUAAACCUAAGGUAAAAUCAUCCGGUUACACACAAGCCCCUAGGACAACCAUGUUUAAACCCAAAAUCAACAAACCGAUGAAGUCAACAUCACCGUUAAAAAAAUCAUCAUCAGAAAAUAAACUGUUUAAUGUAGAAUACCCCCUGGACAGUGAUCCCCCAACGGAACUACAAGACAGGGUCAGCGUCGCUGAGCGACCUACUCCGGUCAAUCGGGUGUCCUUCUCAGACGAUGCUCAUAGUGUGGCUUGUGCCCUUGCUAACAAAACAGCCUCAAUAUUCAAGUUUCCAAUUGGUGAGAAUGUGAGCCGCGUGUAUGUAGGACAUAACGGAAAUGUUAAUUCUGUGGCCUGGAAUCACAGCAGUUCCAUGAUCAUCACCUCAUCAGAUGACAAAACAGCCUCCAUCUGGACCAAAGGAUCAAGUGAACCGCUGCUGAAGUUUGAGACGUUUUGCGACAAUAUGUCCGUUAAUAAGGAGCAGGUGAAGACAGACAAAAGCAACGCAUCAUUUAACAGGGAGGUUAGACACGGCCAGUUCUUCUACAUGGACAAGUUUGUCCUGCUGACUUGUGGCGGCUCUCUACACCUGUACAAGUAUUACCUGGACGCAGCCAGGGAUGAAAUCAAGAGAUACCUGACCAAAAGCAGAUACAAGCUGGUCCAGAGCUGGGCAACACAGAGUCAGACGAUUACUUCCAUGGCCGCCAUCAACGCCUUCCACUCCCACCUCGUCAUCUGUGCCGGUUCCAACCGUGACAUCGAGGUGUUCGACCUCAACCAAGGUGUCCUAGCCACCUGCAUACAAGACACCCACACCCGCCCUGUACACUCGGUAUGUCUCAACAAGGGAUCCAGCUACGCCUCACAGCCGUCGUCCGCCUACAACAUCUUUGCAUCAGCUGCGGCUGCAGACUGCAUCAAGGUGUGGGACAUGAGGUCGCAGCGCUGUGUGCAGCGGCUGGAGGGCCACCUGAACCAGGCCCACACUUGUGGACUCGCCCUCAGUCCGUGUGGGAAGUAUCUAGCCUCGGGGUCGGAGGACAGACUGGUGUAUAUGUAUGACCUGCGCGCAGGGACCUACUGCGACAGACUGCGAGGCAACACCGAUGUCGUCACAGAUGUCACCUUCCACCCGGCUCGACCAACGCUGGUGUCUGGGAGUCUGGACGGGAGAGUCAUGUCAUUUGUUCCCGAGUGAUGUCGUCACAGACGUCACCUUCCACCCGGCUGGACCAACGCUGGUGUGUGGGAGUCUGGAUGGGAGAGUCAUGUCAUUUGUUCCUGAGUGAUGUCAUCACAGACCUUCCACCCGGCUCGACCAACGCUGGUGUGUGGGAGUGUGGAUGGGAGAGUCAUGUCAUUUGUUCCCGAGUGAUGUCAUGGUAGUAGAUCUGGGGAGUGAUGCCAACAUGUCAGGCUGAAGCUAAAUUCCUUUGUUAUGCAAUAACUUUCUAAUGAUUUGUUUCAUUUUACCUUGAAGGAACAGUUCUAUUCUCAUGAGCUUAUGAUAUGGACUGAUUAAUAAAUUGUCAAAGUGA